CCACAUAAAGUGUGUUUUAUAAACAGUGAUGUAUAUUCCUUCAUGUUGCACAAGGGUUUCCAAUUAAGAUGUUAGAGUCAUUGCACAAAGAUAAAGAAGGCUUGUCCUGGAUAUUUUAAUGCACCUUUCUGGCCUUUAAAUGUUAAAAUCCAGUUCAUAUUCAGUAGUAAAAAAAUGCACUCCAGAAAUAGAGGACAGGAAAAUAGAGCUUUUCUGCAUGGGAAGGUGUGAAAUUUAACAAGACAUUCAUUCUUACUUGAACUUUUCUAUACUACCUCUCACUUUAUGAGAUAAGGAUGCGCGCGCACACGCACACACACGCACACACACGAACCUCGAUGACUCAUUCAGAUUGCCAGCAAACUGCUCUCUUACGUUCAUUCAGGUCCACUCGUUCCCCAGUGCGCAUGCGCAAAGACUAUAUAAACCCAAACUCCAGUCCCUCCUCCGAAGAAGUCACCAAACUCUAAUCUUGAGUAUCUUGUCAGAGAACAGCUGGGGUGAAGAGUAGAGUAGAUCGCGUUUAAAAAGUUUAAAAAGAGAAAUCUUCCCGCGGAUACAACAUUUGCGCAUACAAGAAUUCCCUCGGCAAUGAAGCUCCACUUUCUCGUCACUACCGCCGCAGCUCUGCUCAUUGCCUUCCCACCACGCAUGAACGAGUGCCGAGCAGUGGACGGUCCCGACCGGCGAGCCUCCCUCUCCUCCCCCUCCGCCAACGCGCUCGAAGAGGAGGAAGAUCAGAGGCGCACACGGCCCAUUUGGGCACGGCUGGGAGAGGAAUACUUCAUCCGGUUGGGCAACGGAAAUCAGCGUGAACGUGAGUCCGAGCCUGAGACGCGCCCCGAACCGGCGUCAGCGGUGUUCAAACGCGCCCUGCAGCUCAGGCUCACGCAGCACCUGCUCCGCGAAGAGGACGAGGUCGCCGAGGCGGCCCGCGGGUUGCGCAACGCCCCAGCGGAGAGACCUCGCCGCGCCGAGGAGCCACCCAUCUCCCUGGACCUGACCUUCCACCUGCUGCGGGAAGUGCUGGAGAUGGCGAAGGCCGAGCAGCUGGCGCAGCAGGCACACAGCAACCGGAAAAUGAUGGAGAUUUUCGGCAAGUAGCCUAGAAUCUGACAAAGAGGAUUUUUUUUUUU